AAAGGUCUCUCCUCCGGGUCAAGUACAAGACAAUUAAGAUAACCACGAGAAUUUUGUGUGUAUGAGAGAACUAGAGAGAGAAAGACACACACACACACAAACACACAGCUCGGAGAGAGAGGGAUAUUAAAAGGACACAAGUGUGAAAACUGGAAAAAGGAGAUCGAGAGGCAAAAAAGAAAAGGGUAGAAGAGGGCUCACAUGAUUUCCAACAAUAUUCCACGGAAGUUGCAGCACAUGCAUGAUCUGUAUCCAUAAUAUGGGCAGAUAAUAGCUGAACUCAUGUCAACAUGUUGAUGAUUACUAAUAACUUCCAUCUUUAUUUUCUUAAUCAUGUCCACCACUCAGGCAACUCACGGACCUAGCUGAUAAAGGGGAAACUAAUCAUUCUAGGGAACUAAGCAGCUAGAUAGCAAUAAUGGAUGAGCUAGAAUUUGGUAAUCAGGAAGCUGAGAAGAGUAACGAGAUCAGCGAGGAACAAGUAGAAAACGGAUCAGUGGGAUCAUCCCAGAAAUGCUCAUCCUUCGAUUUGAAUGAAGAAGCAAGUAGUGACAAUGAAGAAAGAGGCCAAGGGAAUAAUGCUGCAUAUAAUGAUAGUGAAGGAAAUGAAAGGCGGAGGGUUAAAGUUAGGCAAUAUGUGAGAUCAAAAAUGCCUCGUCUACGGUGGACUCCUCAACUCCAUCUUUCUUUUGUGCAUGCUGUUGAACGACUGGGUGGCCAAGAUAGAGCAACUCCCAAGUUAAUUCUUCAGCUAAUGAAUGUGAGAGGACUUAGCAUUUCUCAUGUAAAGAGUCACUUGCAGAUGUAUAGAAGUAAGAAGCUUGACGGGAAUGGCCAAGUAUUAUCUGAAAAACACGAAUCCAAGCGUGGAAGGGAUAACAUAUCUUGCAAGGUGCACCAAACAAUCAACCAGCCUUGUCGACAUGUAUAUUUUGGAAUGGACAACGGUAGCAUUGUUGUAACAACAAGUCCACACGACUGUCAGAGCCAACCACAGCCAGAUUUUAAAGCUGUCUCAAGGUCAAGUUCUUUACUAAACGAAGAACUUGUACAAGGCAACAACUCCAACAAAUCUAUGGAUACAAUCUUGCGAACUGUACCAAUAAACCCUAGCCGGCUUCUGGAGGACAAGAGGUGGCCUCCAUCUGAAACGAUUAACCAACAACAAUGGAGGGCUAAAAGAAUACCUGCUGCCAAAAUCAGUUGGUCAGAUGAUUGUAAUGGCUCCCAAUCUGACCAUCUAAUGCAUCAUAUGCACACCACACCGAGGUUGAUAAGGGAAUCCCACAAUAUAAGGCCACCAAACUGGAACCUUGGAGAGAGCAGAAACAUAAGGCAGUUUCCAUCAAACUCCCACAAUUCUAUCACCAAUUCCAGUUGCUACAAAACUGAAUUCGAGCCGCCAUUUGGGUUUGAGUUAAAUGAAGAAAAAAGCUCGAAGUACAAAGGGUGGAUGCCACAACUGGAGUUGUGUCUGAGUCAAAGUGUUGAGAAUUAUGAGGAAACGAAGAUUAUUUCCAGACAUCGUAUGGUUGGUGAAGAACUUUAUGGAACUGGGCAAAGAGUUAAACAGGAAAUUAGCACUAAACUUUCUCUUUCUCUUUAAUCCUUGUAGUCGACCUAGUCUGGUCGACCCCACAUAUAUAGUGAGGUGCAAAUAGUGAAUAUAGAGGUAUUCAAAACAAAUUUCCAGUCUAUACAAAUUUAUGUCAUGUAGCCAGCCAGGCUUCAUUGUCAUUGAGGACGCUAAAGUUCUCAACGUAUGCCUGAGUAUGUGAUGAAAUUAAAACGUUACGAACGUUUGUUCAUAAAAAAAAAAACGUUACGAGAAAGAAAUCUUGUGAAAUACUUGUUGAUCUAAAAGCAUUAGAAGCUUAGGGUUUUCCUUUCUCUUUUUUUGGUGGUGUUUUCGGUUUUCACUCCUUCAACCCUCAAUGGUAUUAUGGUAACAAGGUUUUUCAUGCAUGAAAGAAAGGGUCAAAAA